AUGCAAUUCUUCAGCGCAAAGGGUUAUCCGUGUUAUGCGGUUAGCUACCGGGGUCAUGGCGGGAGUUGGUAUCCGGGGUUUUUGGGUUUGUAUUUUACGAGUCGAGGGAGUAUGGCGGGGGAUCUGGUUGCGGGGAUUGAGGCGGUGGAGGGGAUGGAGGGGAGGAGGAGGGGGGAGGGAGAGAAGGUUAGGGUUGUGUUGGUUGCGCAUUCGGCGGGGGGAGCGUUGAGUCAGUGGGUGUUGGGGAAGGGGUUGGUUAGGGUGAGGGGGUUUUGUAUGUUUGCUGCUGUGCCGGGGUUUGGGUCGUGGUCGUGUUAUGCGUUCUGGGCCAGUUCAGCACUGCCGAACUUUGUUUACCGUUGCUUCCAUUCUAGGUAUCUACUUGCAACUACCAAGCAAGUCAAAGAUCCGUUCUUUACGGCGUCGACGCCUUGGUCGGUUGUACAAGCUUUGGAGCGCCUGCUCAGCCCAUACGAAUCUAUGCUCUGGGCCAUGCAAGCGCUUUUUCCAAUCGUCACAGGCCCAGAUGUCAUCCAGUCCAUCGUUGGGUGGAAGCCGAAACAACCGACGAAAUCAAAUGCGGGUAAGAAAGCCGGUAUUGUAUCGAGACUGUUCGUUCUUGCUGCUGAGUUCGACGUCCUCUGUACACCUUUCGUCUUGCUAGACGCCGCAAAGCGCUACCGUACGGCAUUCCUCGAUUGCGUGAGACUGAAAAAACUAGAUGGCGUGUCAGAGGAUUCUGUCGACACUGCAAGUGAUGAGAGUGCAGAUUGUAACGGUGUAAAGUUUGAAAUCGUAAAAGGAGUGGCGCACCAUUUGCAGAACCAUGUCGAGUGGGAAAAGGGUGCCGAAGUAUUGCUUGACUGGGUCAAAGAGAUCGAUUGA